GAGCACCUUCAGCCUGCAUCGGUCAAGCAGCCACCUCCAAGUGCAACGAAGAACCGGUAUUACAUCAAAUUGUAAUAAUAAUUAUAUAAUAUGAUAUAAAAUUAUUGUUAGUGUUUACAUUAUUAUCAUAAUAAUAUCGCCGUCCUCGUGCGUUACGCCGGUCGUUCAUCUGUUUACUAUUCAGUAUUCAGUAUUCCGUCGCGCACCUGUAGACGUACACUCGCGGACUUGGACUAGACAGAUACAUCCAUAUACCAUAUGUGAUAAAUCAUAAGAAGUUUAAUAUAUUGUUGUGAUCAAAUUAUGACAUCGAGAUAAACGGUCUUGAGGAACAGAAAUCAUGUCCGGCACAACGGAUAGCGGAGUCACCGGGGCUCAUAACGUACAGCCGACGAUCACAGAAUGUAAACUUUACAAAAGACGAUGGCUUAUGUUGGUGCUAUUUGUCCUGUGUUCGAUGAUCAACGCUGUACAAUGGAUACAGUACAGCAUUAUUUCAAACGUGGUUAUUAAAUUUUAUGAUGUAUCAAGUUUUGCUGUGGAUUUCACAUCCAUCGUAUAUAUGGUCACCUACAUACCACUGAUAUUCCCGGCGUCGUGGAUAUUAGAAAAGAUGGGUCUUCGCGUGGCUAUGGUAGCCGGCUCGUUCGGCACGAUGCUCGGUGCCUGGUUUAAAGUUGCUUCUUCCAGUCCAGACAGAUUUUAUAUGACAAUGUUAGGUCAAACGAUUGCGGCUAGUUCGCAAGUUUUCAUUUUGAACCUGCCGGCUCGCCUGGCAGCAGUGUGGUUUGGCCCGUCUGAAGUGUCUACGGCGUGUUCAAUCGGAGUGUUUGGAAAUCAGUUCGGUGUAGCUCUCGGCUUCUUGUUGCCACCGCUACUAGUUCAAGACAGCGGCGAUUUGUACGCUAUAUCCGCUGGAUUGUCACGAAUGUUUUACGCCACAGCCAUAAGUUCAACACUAGUGUUUAUAUUAAUAUAUUGCUUCGUCAAGCCGUCCCCGCCAUUACCACCGAGUUUGGCACAAGCGAACCAGAGGUCGACCAGUAGUAACGACCCCAAAAACUUCAUUAAGUCUUUGUGGAGACUAGUUUACAACUACGGGUUCCUCUUGUUAUUACUGUCAUACGGCAUGAAUGUCGGUUCGUUUUAUGCCAUUUCCACGCUCUUAAACCAAAUUAUAUUGGAACAUUUUCCUGAUAACGCGGUGGAUGUCGGCAGGAUAGGUCUCACAAUCGUCGUUGCAGGAAUGGUGGGUUCAGUGGUGUGUGGUUUUGUUUUGGACAGAACUCAUCUUUUCAAAGAAACGACUUUAGUGGUGUAUGCUUGUUCGUUGGUCGGCAUGAUAGUCUACUCGUUCACGUUGUCUUGCGGAUAUAUAUCAGUUGUGUACCUAUCUGCAAUCCUACUUGGGUUUUUUAUGAAUGGUUAUUUAGCAGUCGGAUACGAAUUAGCUGCUGAACUGACCUAUCCGGAGUCCGAAGGAACAUCCAGCGGAAUGCUAAAUGCAGUGGUGCAAAUAUUCGGCAUCGUUUUCACCUUGAUUUAUGGAUGGAUAAAUAAUGCUGCCGGAGACAAGAAAGCCAAUUUAUUUUUGGCCGCAACUCUCGUCAUAGGAACCUUUCUCACUGCCAUGAUACCAUCUGACUUGCGGCGACAAGCAGCUCAAGAAAAGAAAUCACUGGUUAAUUAAUUAAUUAAUGAUAGUUUUAUAACCAUAAGCAAUUUAUAAUUGGCUCAAGUAUUUAUAAUUUAUUAUCGCCUCACCAAUAUAUUAUAAAGUAUUUAAGUAUUUUAUAUUGAUAUAUUUUAAGGAUCUGAUGAUAUUCCAUAUUCGCCUAGAAAGGAAUUAAAGUU